UGUUAGUGUACCUACAUUUUUUACUGCCCCUAUAUGAAAAUAAGUUAAUAACAAAAAUACUUUGUAGAUUGUACCUACUGAUGAAAAAUAAUAUGUAAAAUUAAUCAGUAAGUUAUUUACAGUGUACCUAAUAGGUUAACACAGAUUUUGUGUUGGUUCAACUGAUUUACCGGUCAAGCGAUUUGAAUUUGGUACGACUGAUAGACAAAGCCGCAUAUCUGCAAUAUUUGGCUUUCGGGAAUUCACCGAAGCUGAAUAAUAAAUUAAUAAUUUCGUCAAUUCAAAUUCAGUUUCAGUUGCGUUUUUGUUUUUAGUGUGUUUGUGGUAUUUCAACGGAUACAAUCAUAAUUAUUAUCCUAAUCCUAAUUGAAAAUAUAGAACAACAGUAUUGAUUGGGCAAAAUAAGGAAAUGUGCAAAAUUUAAUCAUGGUCUGGAAAAUUAAGUUAACUGUAGAAAUUCCGCUGGUUCUGUCAUUCAUUAGCUUUCAAUUAGUAGAAGCGGUUUUACUGAACCUUAUUAUAUUUCGUACGUGUUACGUCCUUCUGGGUCACGACAAAACAGAGUGCGGCUAUCUGGGAAACACCAACAAUGAAACUAUUACGGAAAACUUGGAAGAGGAGGUUCAGCCUUAUGCUAAUACCAUAAUGAUGGUGAGAACAGCGACCGAGCAGUCCUUUAAUUUAUUGUUGUGUAUGUUGGUAGGACCGUGGUCCGAUAAAAUUGGAAGGAAACUGUUUAUCAUUACGAGUCUAGCAGGAAUGGCCGUUGGUAUGUCUUUACUAGCCCUUAACAGUUGUUUUGACACAUCUCCAUGGUUCUUUAUGAUCAGCGAUAUCCCUUCAAUGCUAACUGGAGGAGGUACUACAUAUUUUACAGUUGUUUUGGCCUAUCUUUCUGAUUUGUCUACGGAUGAAACUAGAGGUGUAAGAAUGGCAAUCUACGAGGCAAGCACAGCAUUGGGUACCGUAAUAGGAACUGCAAUAAGCUCUUAUAUAUUUUAUGCAACAAAUUAUACGACAGUCUUUGCCUUGGCAGCCGGUAGCACUCUAUUAGGAAUUCUUUAUACGGUUUUCUUUAUACCGGAGUCCUUACAAGAGGCUGAUAAGGGUAACCGCUCGACAGUCCUUACAAACUUCAAAGAAAUGUUCCAAGUACUUACUAAACAGAGAGAGAACAAUACCAGAGCAAUAAUUAUAUUAUCUGUAAUAACUUUAAUAAUAGUUAAUUUUGUCGGAAGUGGAGAAUUUGGAGUAAUGUAUCUCUUUCUAUUAAAGAAGCUACACUGGAAUGUCACCAAAUAUACUCUCUAUAUUAGUGUUACUACUAUCGUUUCUGUUACUGGAACCAUGACAAGUAUUUAUGUAUUGCACAGGAAAAAGGCAAUGCCAGAAUCCUUGUUGGCUAUUAUUGGUUUAUCUUUUACUAUAGGAUGUGUUUUAAUGCGGGGCAUUGCUUAUCAUGAUAUUUUUAUAUACGUAGGUGCUGUUCUCAACGGUCUUGUAGGGGGAGUAACAACUCCCAUGCUAAGGACUCUAGUAACCAAAUCAGUAUCACAGGAUGAAGCUGGAAAAGUUUUCUCAACAAUAAUGGCAAGCGCGUACCUUAUUGGUUUAGGAGGAGGACCUCUGUACUCCAUGGUUUACAAUGCAACAAUCUCAACAUAUCCUGGGGCUUUUAAUUUUAUGUCCGCCGGAAUACAUACAAUAAGCGUUAUUUUACUUCUAAUUAUUAUGAAACUGGAAUCUCCUCCAAAGGACAAGAGUAAAUUAUUACUAUCCGAAACAGAAAAAAUGAGUUUUGACGUUCUCAAAUCAGAUCAGCAUCUAGAAUAAUUAUUUUGCACCGUUGUUUUUUAUUGAAUUAUAAUGUAAGCAUAUUUAAAGUUUAAUAUUUUAUAAAUAAAGAGUAAGGUAAGAUGUUAA